AUGUUUGAUUAUAUGGAAUUUGAAGCUUUUGGUCCUGGAGAGAUCCUGGAUGUGUAUGUGUCCAGUCCUGCAGCGUGCAUGCUACAGGAGCAGGAACAGGAGCAGGAGCAGCAGGAUCUGGCUUCAUACUUCCCAGAGCUGAUCGACACGGACUGGCAAACUCACCGCUGUGCACAAUCGGCUUUUCUUCUUCGGUUUGUGUCAGGGUUGGAAACGGUGGAGGGCUUCUUCCGCCGCAGCGUGCAGAAAAACAUGGUGUACACCUGCCACCGGGACAGGAACUGCAUCAUCAACAAGAUCACCAGGAACCGCUGCCAGUACUGUCGGCUGCAGAGGUGCUUCGCCGUGGGGAUGUCCAAAGAGUCAGUGAGAAACGACAGAAACAGGAGGAAAGGGAAGAAGGAAGCGGUGAAGAUGACGAUCAUGGAGACGUACGAGCUGACGGCGGAGCUCGGCCUCAUCGUGGAGAAGAUCUGCAGAGCUCACAGAGACACCUUCCCCUCCCUCUGCCAGCUGGGAAAAUACACCACAAACUCCAGCUCAGACCACCGGAUCCAGCUGGAUCUCGGCUUGUGGGAUAAGUUCAGCGAGCUCGCCACCAAGUGCAUCAUCAAGGUGGUGGAGUUUGCCAAGCGAGUUCCUGGUUUCACCGGCCUGACCAUCGCAGACCAGAUCACUCUGCUCAAAGCCGCCUGCCUGGACAUCCUGAUCUUGAGGAUUUGCACUCGCUACACUCCCGCCCAGGACACCAUGACCUUCUCCGACGGGUUGACUCUGACCCGCACUCAGAUCCACAACGCCGGCUUUGGACCGCUGACAGAUCACGUUUUCACAUUUGCAGGACAGCUGCUGCCGCUGGAGAUGGACGACACGGAGAGCGGCCUGCUCAGCGCCAUCUGCCUCGUCUCUGGAGACCGUCAGGAUCUGGAGGAGCCGUCCAAGGUGGAGGUGCUGCAGGAGCCGCUGCUGGAGGCGCUGAAGAUCUACUCCCGCAAGCGACGGCCCAGCAUGCCCCUCAUGUUCCCCAAAGCCCUCAUGAAGAUCACUGACCUGCGCAGCAUCAGUGCUAAAGGAGCGGAGCGAGUGGUGACGUUGAAGAUGGAGAUCCCGGGCUCCAUGCCUCCUCUGAUCAAGGAGAUGUUGGAGGAUCUGCAGAACCUGGAGAAAAACCAGAGGAAAGACUCGGAGGAGGAGAACCCUCCGCCCCCCCCCCCUCCCUCCCUUCCUUCU